AUGCGACUGGUCAACGGCAGCAGCCACUGCGCUGGCAGAGUCGAGGUCCUUCUUGAUGGUCGUUGGGGAACGGUGUGCGAUGACUUCUGGGACCUGCGUGAUGCCAAUGUGGUGUGCAGACAGCUCAACUGCGGCAGAGCAGUGGCUGCUCCUCUCAACGCUCGCUUUGGAGAGGGAGCUGGACCCAUCUGGUUGGAUGAUGUCCAAUGUCAAGCUCACCUUGGGCCCAACACAACCACUAUCCCACGCCCAACUACACCCCCUGCUGAAUCAACCACUCAUAUAAUGCAGAAUCAGACUUCUGCUCCUGCAACGACUGCGAACGUCUCGCUGGCUGAAGGGCAGAUCCGCCUGAUCGGAGGGAGCAGUUCAUGCUCUGGAAGAGUGGAGAUCAAUUUUUCUGGACGGUGGGGGACAGUGUGCGACGACCUCUGGGACGUGACCGACGCUCAGGUGGUGUGCAGACAGUUGGGCUGUGGCAGGGUCCUGUCAGCUCCAGGUAGUGCCCGCUUUGGACAAGGCAGUGGGCCCAUUUGGCUGGACGACGUCCGUUGCAAUGGACAAGAGUCCAGUCUCAGCGAGUGCCGUCACCGAGGGAUCGGAUCUCACGACUGCAGCCACAGAGAGGAUGCUGGGGUGGUUUGUGAAGCGGCUGCCCCAGUCAGGUUGGUCAACUCAGGCAGCCGCUGUACGGGCAGAGUGGAGAUCUUCCACAACAACCAGUGGGGGACGGUGUGUGACGACCUCUGGGACCUCAACGAUGCCAACGUGGUGUGCAGACAGCUGGACUGUGGCCGCGCUAGAAGCGCCCCUCAAAAUGCAGCCUACGGCCAAGGAAGUGGCCCCAUCUGGCUGGACGACGUCAACUGUUCUGGGAGAGAAAAUUCCAUCACCGACUGUCGCCAUCGAGGAUUUGGGAUCCACAACUGUGCACACAGGGAGGACGCCAGUGUUGUCUGUGAAGAUACAGACGAUUCACUCAGACCUUCUCAGCUGGUUUGCAGCAGUAGCAAGAUCCAGGUUGGCCUCAAUGUGGUCAGCUUCCUCAACCUUGGUUUGGAUGCUCGAUCCGGCAAUCUUGCAAUGCGAAACUGCACAUACACAAGAGUGUCGAAUGGCGUCGUGUGGUAUGAGGUUGUGAACCAAGCUGGUGCCUGUGGAAACGAACUGACGACCAACAUCACGCAUGGCAUCUACUCCAACACCUUGUUCGUCUAUCCUGCCAACAACAACUCUUUUGCCAUUCCAAAGAGAAUUCCUUUCUCCUGUGUCUAUUCCCUGGAUACAGAUUCCACUUUGAAUGUGGCCGUGGGACCACUGCCGAUUGACGGAGGAGUGUCCGGCUCUGGACCCAACACUGUUGCCCAGAUGCGCUUGUACCGCGACUCAGGCUUCACUUCAACUUACCCCGGAGGUCGGGUAACCAUGGAGCUGGGCUCACCUCUCUACGUGGGCGUCACUGUGGAUAGAAGAGACCAGAGCUUUGCUGUGGUCCUGGACGACUGUUACGCCUCUCACUCACCCAGACCCAGCAGCUUCGGCCGUUACCCUCUCAUCAAUAACAAGUGCUCAGCUGACCGCCGGCAGGUUGCCGUCAUUGAGAAUGGCUCGUCCCUACGGGCUCGCUUCUCUGCACUGUUCUUCCUGCUGCAGGGUGAAUACAGAGACGUUUACCUUCACUGCAACCUCAGCCUCUGUGACCGCAGGAGAACCUCUUGUGUUCCAUCCUGCUCAAGAAGAAGAUCUCGAUCUGUGUCCGACUCUGCUCCAUUGAAGUCCCUCACUGUUGGUCCCAUCGUUUUCAACAAACCGUCCAAGUGAGUGGCAAGCGGGACGUUGACCUUGUCUCCUG